ACUGGCUUUUCAAGAAUGAGGGUGUGCCUGUGGCCAGUUGGCGGUCGUCUGGUCCUCCCUCCCAGGGACUCUGGCCUCGGCAGGCGCGUGCUAGGUUCUCACUCCAACUGCCGCCACCCUUUCUUGCAGAAUUACCCCCUUUACAUCCGCAGCGUCCCCACGGAGAACGAGUUGAAGUUCCACUACAUGGUGCACACGUCCCUGGAUGUGGUGGAUGAGAAGAUCUCGGCCAUGGGCAAGGCCCUGGUGGACCAGCGGGAGCUCUAUCUGGGCCUGCUGUACCCCACAGAGGACUACAAGGUCUACGGCUACGUGACCAACUCCAAGGUGAAGUUCGUCAUGGUGGUGGACUCUUCCAACACGGCCCUGCGGGACAACGAGAUCCGCAGCAUGUUCCGGAAGCUGCACGCCUCCUACACGGACGUGAUGUGUAACCCCUUCUACAACCCGGGGGACCGCAUCCAGUCCAGGGCCUUCGACAGCAUGGUGACGUCCAUGAUGAUACAGGUCUGUUGAGGAGAGAAGCGUCUGUACAUACCGUGGCAUUUACCCUCCUCUAUUUAUCGUCCGCGUGUC